AUGGCCCAACGUUCGCUCUCCUCGGCGUACGGGGUCGCGUCCGCAUCUGGCGAUCCACUCUAUGACAAUUCGCCAAGAGCCAUCAAGGACUACGAUGUCCAGUCCCAAGCACAGCGCGCCACCUGGGAUCCCAGCCCUUCCGACCCUUACGCCGAUCGCCAAUCCGCUUUCCAGCAUCAGAGACCUGCGCCGUACCCGUACGAGCCCCGUCAUCCUUCCGAUGCAGACUCGCUGCGUGGCUCUACUGCCCACUAUCACCACGGCGCCCAGCACUCACACGUUCAUCAUCAUCCUUACAACAACCCUUCCCAUGCCGCAGGAUCCCUCUAUGCCUCAUCCUCCCGGCAAGCCGACCUAAAUCACAGGCAUGUGUCCCGUGCUGCCUGUCUAUCGUGUCGCUCAGCAAAGCGCAAGUGCGACGGCGCAAAACCCGUCUGCGGUCCAUGCGCGCUCAGAGGCGUCAAGGAUGGUUAUCCCCAGGACGACGGCGGCUGCGUCUACGUUGCCAGCAAGCGUGGCGGCCCACGCUUUAAAGGUGUCAAGGGUGCAGAAGCCACAAAGCGCAAGCUCGACGAGCGCGACAAAGGUGGCAACCUCCGAGGCGGUAGAGAUUCCAACAGCCACGACGACAUGCACUCCCAGUCUCCGCCUGAAAUCGCAUCCUACCUCCACUCGUCCACCGCGCCCUCCACCCCCCUCGACGGUCGCGCGCCAGUUUCGAUAGCCCACCUCGAUCCAUCUCGAACAGCUCCGGACUCGCUGGGCGCUACAGCAGCCAACCUUCCAAGCAUGGACGGCCCAUCCGACGCCUUCGAGCGCGAGAGAACCGCUCUUGCCACGCGCAACUUGUUCCGACCCGACUCAGCCGUCAGCGGCGGCCUCUUCGACGAUCUGUCGAUUACCAACUUCGACUUGCUCCAGAAGUUCUCCGCCAAUGAGGCUUCGGUCGGCCUCUCGCUAGCCAACUUCUAUCACAAGCUCGAGGAGUUGCCAAAAGCAGGUGUGCUCGCCAUGGCCAAUGUCGACGAACGUGGCAGCAUAGAGGUCGACCUGUCCCAGGCUCUCCUGCAAGAGAUCGAGACCGCCAACAAGUCGAGCGCCGCUGUCAAUUCCGAGCAGCAAGCACGGGCACUCCUUCAAGACUUCUACGAGCUCGUCUAUCCCGCAUGUCCCGUCUUGCCCCCGUCAGGCCACCUUUCAUCGCUGGCGUUCCAUCUAUCCGAGGACGAGUCCUCGGCGCUGCUCGCCGCAAUAUCGGCUUGUGUCGCCCUCCAGUUACCCCAGAUGGAGGCAAGACGCAUUGUCAAGGGCAGCCUCUUGUUCCAUGAUCCCGAUGACCACGAGGCCAAGGCCGAGCUCCUCGAUCUCGAACAUGCCUCUCGCGACGAGAUCGCAGCCUACCACGCCAAGUCGGCUGAAAAGCUGCUCCUCAAGAAGGUUGCGCUCUUGGCAAGAACCUCUUCCUUUCCUUCCGAGGCUGCAAAGGCCAUGGAAACCGCCAAAUUCAUGCCUAACAGCAGCGGCACUCCAGGCGGCGACAUCGAGUUGGUCCGAAUCAAGCUCGUCGCCACGCACACGCUCCUCGCCCACUUCCACUAUGGCACUUCCAACAGCCGCCGCGCCUUCCAUCACGCUUCGCAGGCAUGGAACCAUGCUCAGGCGCUCAACCUCGAUUCGAGCGAGACCGUCUCGACGUCUCCCUCCUGGUUCAGUCACACGCAAAAGUGCGAAUGGGCGCGCAGAGCCUACUGGACUUGUUACACCGCAGCCACCGUCAUGUCGUGCACUGGUGGAUUCAAGCCGCUCUCGGUGACCCGCGACAUGCCUUCGGACCUCGGUUUGCUUCCCAAUCUCCUUGGCGACCGGUCCAGCUGGAAGGUGCUCGUACGCGGCGCCCAGUUCGUAUCUAGAUCAUACGCUACUCUGUACGACCUUGACUCGUACAAGGCGCGUCCGGAGAACAAGACGCAGGAUCCUGCUCAUCAGCCACGCGAGCAACGACGCAAAUGGGAGGUCAUCUUUGAGCGUAUGCAGAAGGUGGACGCCGACGUGAUGCAGUACGCAAGAUCCGACCCAGUCUGGAGCGACGAGAGCUGUUUCGAGCCCAGCGUCGGUCUUUCGCGACGUGUCGAGGAGUUCGAGGAGGAGAAUGAAGUACGGCUCAGCCGCAGUCUGCGUGUUGCAGGUAAGCUCAUGACCAGCGGAGCUCUCAUCAUCCUGCAUCGCGCACAAGCCUUUGCCAACGCACGCAUCUUUGUGGCGCCAACCUGCGGUAUACCCGGCGCCUGCGAAGACUUCAGCGACACGGCAUCUGACAACGGCAGCAGGACCAGAGGCGGUCCGGAUCGGCUGUGGCACCGCGAAGCCGAAGGGCUUCCGCCUUCAGGUAAAGCGGCGCAGAGCGAUGAGCACAGCCACGGCUUCGAUGCGCCUGCCUCUUCCAAGGUAACCACUGCCAGCCGGUACAAGCGCUCACGGAGCGCCAGCAGCCUGAGCAGCAGCAAUGCAGGAAGCGUCUCCAAGAGUCAGGUCAGCUCGACGUCUUCUGGCACGGAAGCUGCUCACGCCACAUAUACCCCUUGCGGCAUCCCAGUCAAAUUCAACAGUGGACCCUUUGAACCUUCCGACUCCCUCGACCGAUGCCGGUUUGCCGCCGGUGUCAUGUACCAGCAACUGGCGCACAUCAACUCGAGCACCUUUCGUCUGGGUAGACGCGAAUCGAUGGCGCUUCUCCCUGUCGAAGCUGUUCAUGGUCGUGAGAACCGCGAGCAGUGGUCAGCCCCCUCUCUGCCUCCCUUUUCGGCGUGUUCGCUGGUUCUCGCAGCCUACGUGCUGCUCAUGGAGACGCUUCACGCGCAGAUCGCUGCGGGUCUCGAAGAAGACCUUGAUUUCACCAACACCGACUCGCUCGACGUGCAUGAGGAGAGUCUGUUUCAGCUCUCGCCCAUUCUGCAGCCCGAUCCUCACCGAACAGCCAAGGUCCCGCAACUCGCAGGGCGCCAGGCUUACAUGCUAGCCAUCAAGCUCAGAUCGUGCAUCUUGCAGAUCGAAGCGGCAUUGGACAAAUUCAGCAGAGCAUGGGAGAUCGCCAAAGGAUACGCGCAGGAAGUUAAGUUGCUGUUGGAGGUCAACCAGUCGUUGUUCUCUGGGACCGUGGCGCAGAUCAAGUCGUAG